UACAAAGGUCAUGCAUGUCUUAUAAAAAUCAGAUGAAAACAAAAAUUGUACACAAAUAAUUGCAAUUUCCCACAACCCACCCCACAAUUCAUCUAGAGAGAGACUUGUCUUCUUCUUCUUCCUCCUCUUGUCAACUCUUUUUAGGUUUUCCGAUUUCUCUCAAGUCAUGAAACCAAGACCAAGUCACCAGUUUUAUCCAAACCUAGUCCAAUCAAACCCACCAUCUUAAGGAUCUUAUUCUACCAUUCCUUCAUGAUUAUGUUUCAAUCAAUUACCAAUAAUUAAAAACAGAUCUCAAAGAAAGAAGAUCAUAUGGAGAUAAGUGGUGGGACAACAUCACAUGAUCAGUCAGAUGAAAAUGAAAACGAAGAAGAUCAAGAAGAAGAAGAAGAAGAAGAAGAGGGUUUGGAGAAAACCAAGAAGAAGAACCCAUCUUCAUCAUCAUCAUCAGUUAGGCCCUAUGUUCGAUCCAAAUUGCCAAGGCUUCGUUGGACACCUAAGCUACAUCUUCGAUUUGUUCAUGCAGUUGAGAGACUUGGUGGCCAAGACAGAGCAACUCCCAAGUUGGUUCUUCAAUUGAUGAACAUCAAGGGGCUUAAUAUUGCUCAUGUCAAGAGCCAUUUACAGAUGUACAGAAGCAAGAAGAUAGAAGAUCCCGAUCCUACAAAAGGUGCUUUCUAUCAUAACUAUUUUGGAGGUGGGGGAGGAAAUUAUCAAAAAAUGUACAGCCUUGAAAGGUUGCCUGGGAUGCAAGGUUUUGGUUAUAAUCCAAGAUAUGGGAAUGUAUCAUACAACCAUCUUGCAAGCUGGAUGCAUAGACCUUAUAUGGACCGAAUUAGUUCAUUUGAUGAUAUUGAUCAAGCCAAAGGAGACAAAGACUCUAGCUUUCAUAAUGAUAAGAUGAAUCUUAAGAGAAAAGAAACUUCUAAUUCUGAUAUUGAUUUGAAUCUUUCUCUUGGACUCAAAUCCAUGGCCGAAGAAGGUAAAAAGACAAAUGAUAUUGAAAGUGGUAAUUAUUUGUCUUUGUCUUUGUUUUCACAAUGUCCUUCUAAGUUGAGAAUGGUGAAAGAAGGAGGUGUGGAGAAUGCAAGAAGGGCAAGUACUCUAGAUCUGACUAUAUGAAUAUUGCUAAAUUAUUCUAAGUGAGAUCUUGAGGUACUUACUCAUAUAUAGAGACCUAAUUAUAGAUCAGAUAUUUAAUGUUCUUUGUAUUUUCAUGAAAAAGGUAACAUUUGUUCACUUAAUAAUAACUCUCUUGUUUUGUUUGUUUCU